AUGGUCACAAUUAUCUGGUACAGUUCACGAUGUUCCAGGCGCGGGUUGCUGCUUUUUUUCCGCUAUGCCGUCUGUUCAGUGCAGGCGCGGAGAGAUUUGGGAGUUGCAGGCCGGUUUCCAAAAUUCAAACCUAGAAGCAACGUUAGAUGGUGCAAAAGAGCCUUGGAGCUGCGACCAUUUGCCCACGACCAGAAUGACGUUCGGAGGUCGCAGCGGCAUGAAAGAUCAUCUGGUGACCCCCUACCAGAAACACCAUCUUGUGUAAGUCAUCUUGCCGGCAUUCCAGACCGUAACAUUGAUAAACUCAAGAAUAUACGACGCCGUAGAGGUGAUGAGCGCUCGAAGGCCAGUAUCCAAAGCAACACAGCCUCAGUUCCUCGUCACCAGCCAUAUGGUCGACAUAGAAUCAGAACGAAACUGCGGCAGUUAGUUCCAGCUAGUUCGGCGCCAAACUCCUCGGUCUUGGAGAAUCAGCAGCAAGAGUAUGAACGCCAGAUACUGCUUAGCAGUCGCUCUAAGAGAACCGCAAGUCGGGUUGAUGGUGCCUUUGCUUUUUUAGCGCAAACUCCUUUGCCUUGUAGUGCUGGCCAGCCGUCCUCGAGCCAUCAUCAGAGCUACAUGUUACCAAUGGAUCCAGGACGAAGACACCCGUUUCAGCAACAUGAUGUGUCUUACGGGAACAUGCCCGCUGGAAGUGGAGAUAGUAGGCUGUCACAACCACGUGCUGUUACAGGGUUCAAUGUGGCUCCAGCACCACCGCCGGCCAGCUUUUCACAGCCG